CAAAACAAAGACGGCGCGCACGCAAAAAGGCGCCGAAGUGGAGAAUCAGCGCGCGACAACAGUUUUCAUGCGCUUGUAUUUUUGGCACUAAUGUGACGUCAUAGUUUUUGAACGAUAUUGGACUCAAGGAGCGAUUGUAACUGAAUUCUAAAGUGAAACUGAGGGUGGCAGUAUUGCAACACGGACGGAUGCCAGCUGCCGUGAAACUGAAGAGAAGAAGAAGAAAAAAAGACAUGCGCAGUGCGUACACAUACGGUGCUACUUGCUACAAGCUAAUAGAGGGUGAUAUAAGUGCAUUUCAUGUCACACAUGGUGAGAUAAAAGUAUAUCGCAGUGCAUUUGACGUCACACAUGGUGAGAUAAAAGUAUAUCGCGGUGCAUUUCAUGCCACACAUGGUGAGAUAAAAGUAUAUCGCGGUGCAUUUGACGUCACACAUCGUUUGAGGAUUCUCUUUGAUCGGCGACCUCGUGGAAGAAUAUUGCAAGACUCCUCACGUCCGGACCGCAACAAUGCUCAGGUGUGCGAUGGCCGGUGUCCGUGGAAACUUGCGGACGUGUUCUCGGGUCCAGCAGAGUCCACUCAGGAUCCAUUGGGCCGGGUUUUGGUCUCAAGGUCAGAGGUCAUCGGCCCAGGUCAAGUUGAGGACACGUGUGGCGGUGACGCUGCUUUUUGGCGGCGGGCUGCUGGCGGCGUGGGCCUCCGUCCACGCGGAGAAGCAGCAGAGGGACAGGAGGCAGCGUUUAGAGCAGCUGCGGCAGGUGGCGCUGGGCCGGGGGAACUUCAGCCUCCUGGACCAAGACGGGCGGCGCCGCACCAAGCGCGACUUCUCGGGCCGCUGGGUGCUGCUCUACUUCGGCUUCACGCACUGUCCCGACAUCUGCCCGGACGAACUGGAAAAGAUGAGCGCCGUCGUGGAGGCGCUGGACCGGGACUCGUCCAUACCCCCGGUCCAGCCCGUCUUCGUCACCGUGGACCCGGAGCGCGACGACGUGGCGGCGCUGGCGCGCUACGUCAAAGACUUCCACCCCCGCCUGGUGGGUCUCACCGGCACCGCCCAGGAGGUGAAGGACGCGGGCCGGGACUACCGGGUGUACGCCAGUGCCGGCCCCAAGGACGAGGACGGGGACUAUAUCGUGGACCAUACCAUUCUCAUCUACCUGCUGAGUCCUGAUGGCCUCUUUGUGGACUACUACAACCGCAUGAAGACCCAGGAACAGAUCACGGAGAGUGUGCGGAACCACGUCAAGAACCACCCCUUGCUUUUUUCUGACUCAUGACCGUGAGCAAUUCAUUUGUUUCUUUCUUGCGUUUUUCUGGGGUGUGACGUUCAUACCUUGUCAAUAUUCAGUGUUUUAUCCUUCAUAGUUAAUAUUGUAAAUCCCACAUUCUUUAUUUUCAUCUACAUUCUGGGUGUCUCAUUCAGUAAAAAAAUGUAAAAUUCAAUUCCUUUUUUAAAAGGUGGUCUCUUAGUUUUUAGCAUUCAAUCUGACAUUACUGUGAGGUUUUGUAUUCGUGUUUCUAAAAUCAAAUAUACUUGCCCCCAAUUACUUUUUCUCUAAACCUCACUUCCCAACGCCUUAAGAGUUUUUGAAUUAUUGACUCGGGAGGCCAAAUUUUAGAGAAAAAAAAUAGUCUUGGGGCCAGCAUAUUUGAAUUUUAGGAACACUAAUACAAAACCUCACAAUAAUGUCAGAUUGAAAGGUAAAAACAUUAAGACAGCCUUAAAAACUGGAAGGACAUUUUGAAACUUUAGUUUACUGAAUGAGACACCCAGAAUGUACACACUGCAAGAAGUCAGUUUUCAAAAACAAGAAAAACACUAAAUAUAAAAAUGAGGGCUAUUUUAUUUGAACUAAGCACAAUGAUCUGCCAAUAGAACAAGAACAUUCGGCUUGUCAACACUUUGUAAAACAAGUACAAUCUUCUAACUUCAAUGAACCCCAAAAUACCUUCAAAUAAGUAGAUCCUCACUAAUAACAAGUGCACUUUUCUUUGGAGGAAAAAAACACAGACCUUUUUGCUCAAUAUGUUGAAAAAUAUUCUCAAAUGAAGUAAAUGCUAGUGUGCAUAAACAUAUGUGCUUGGCAUGAUUUUUUUUUCAAGCUUGAAAGAAGAAAUGAUUACUUUAAAAAGUAGUUUUAUACUUGUGUGUGUUGACACAGUUUUGCUAUUGUUGAUGUUAAGAACAAUUGUCUACAGUUGAUAGUCUAGUUUCAAGCAUGUUUGACUCAAUAUAGGUCAUCAAAUCUCAGUAACAAGCUCAUUUAGGACCAAAACCCUUAAAACAAGUAAAACACUCCAACAUAAAAUCUGCUCAGUGAGAAGAAUGAUCUUAUCAGACAGAAAAUAAGCACAUAUUACCCUUAUUUGAAUUAUUUCAUCUUACUUAGAUUUCAGUUUUUGCAGUGCAUGGAAAUAAAGAAUGUUGUAUUUACAACAUUAACUAUGAAGGAUAAAACACUGAAUAUUGACAACAUAUGAACGUCACAUAUUUUGCAAUCAAGCAAAACGCAACAAAAAUGCAACAAACCUUGUGAAAUAAAUAUACAAUCUGCUAUAUCACGAAACUUUAGAA